AAAUCACAAGGCAAAAAAAUUAACUCCAAUCUCCCGAAUUCCCCCUUCCCCAAUUUUAGAGAGAGAAAGUGUUCGAACAAGAGAGAGAAAAUAAAAACAGAAUCUCAACCUGUAAAUGAAUCGAUUUCGUGAUGUUUUCGUUAAUUACGAUUACAAAUUUACAACGAUGAUCGUUAAUCAAUGAAUCUAAAACAGGCACAUCAUUAUAUCCGUUUGUUGAUGGAAUUAACUGACGAUUUGAAGGAUACGAUCUCGAUGAAAUAGUUACUGUAUGACCGAUCGGACGAUUGUUUUUGCUGAUUUGCGUUAGGUUUGGAUUGAGUUGGAUCGAUUAAUCGUGUAAUUGAUAUAAUAAUAAUAAGAAAAGGAGGAGAUGAAAGGUGGCGAAGGAGGAGAUGGUGCGCUAGAGUGGAAAUUCUCUCAGGUGUUUGGUGAACGAACCGCCGGUGAAGAAGUUCAGGAAGUUGAUAUCAUCUCAGCGAUUGAGUUUGAUAAAAGUGGUGACCAUCUUGCCACCGGUGAUCGUGGCGGAAGGGUAGUAUUAUUCGAGCGGACCGAUAAAAAGGAGCAUGGUGGAAAUAGAAAGGAUUUAGAGAAGACUGAUUAUUCAAUUAGUAAACAUCCAGAAUUUCGCUACAAAACCGAGUUUCAAAGCCAUGAACCGGAGUUUGAUUAUUUGAAGAGUCUGGAGAUUGAAGAGAAAAUUAACAAAAUCAGAUGGUGCCAAUCAGCCAAUGGUGCCCUGUUUCUUUUGUCUACUAAUGAUAAAACCAUUAAAUACUGGAAGGUCCAAGAAAAAAAGAUCAAGAAAGUUGCUGAAAUCAACAUGGUGCCUUCUAAAGCAACUGGAAAGGCCAAUGUUGCUAACUCAAGUGUUGCUUCUACCCCUAAACCGCAUCUUGCCAAUGGCGGUCAUACUGACAAAUCUUACACUAGCUUAAGCAAUGACUUAUUAUUUCCUCCCGGGGGCGUUUCGUCACUUCGUUUACCUGUGGUAGUAACUUGCAAUGAAACGAACCUCGUUGCAAGAUGUAGAAGGGUGUAUGCUCAUGCACAUGACUAUCACAUCAAUUCUAUCUCAAAUAACAGUGAUGGUGAAACAUUUAUAUCUGCUGAUGAUCUUCGGAUAAACCUUUGGAAUCUGGAAAUUAGCAACCAAAGUUUCAACAUUGUGGAUGUCAAGCCUACAAACAUGGAAGAUCUCACUGAGGUGAUUACAUCAGCCGAGUUUCAUCCUACCCAUUGUCAUACGCUAGCAUACAGUAGUUCAAAAGGAUCUAUUCGUCUUAUCGACUUGCGCCAGUCUGCACUGUGUGAUAAACAUUCUAAAUUGUUUGUGGAACAGGAAGCACCUGGUUCAAGAUCAUUUUUCACUGAGAUAAUAGCUUCAAUUUCCGAUAUAAAAUUUGGAAAAGAUGGAAGAUAUUUACUAAGUCGUGAUUAUAUGACCCUUAAGUUAUGGGACAUCAACAUGGACUCUGGUCCGGUCUCAACGUUUCAGGUCCAUGAACAUUUAAGACCCAGGCUGUGCGAUUUAUAUGAAAAUGAUUCUAUUUUCGAUAAAUUUGAGUGUUGUCUGAGUGGUGAUGGCCAGCGUGUAGCAACGGGUUCUUACAGCAACUUAUUCCGUGUCUUUGGGCGUCAUCCCGGAACUACCGAAGCAACUACUCUGGAAGCUAGCAGGAACCCAAUGAGGAAACAAGUGCAGACCCCUUCAAGGCCUUCCAGAUCCCUAAGCAGCAUAACCCGUGCAGUUAGACGAGGCGCAGAUAGCCCCGGGGUCGAUGCAAAUGGGAAUUCAUUUGAUUCGACAACAAAAUUACUCCAUCUCGCAUGGCAUCCUACCGAAAACUCAAUCGCUUGUGCUGCUGCAAACAGCUUGUACAUGUAUUAUGCAUGAUUUUAACAAAUUUUGGUUGCCAAAUUCCCAUUCUUUUUUUUUUUACUCUCUAAAUCACACCCUUCACUCGAAAAAAAAAAUCCAAAAAUCCAAAUAGAACAAGUUUUCUUUUAUUUUACCAAUUUUUCUUUCUACCCACGAUUCGUUUUAUUAUUUUCUUAUUUACCCAUAAGUUACGGUUUCUUUUUAUUAUUUUUUUCUAUUAUGUUUUGAUGUGAGAAAAAUUAUUUAGGUUGUAGUUUUAGUUGUGAAGGAGCUCUGCUGCCAACUUUGCAGGCCCUCAAGUUUACAUUUUACUUGUUUAAUACACUUAUUGUUUUAGAUUUAUUGCUUCAAAAAAUUCUGUUAACCUUUUUUAGUUGAUUUUUUCGUUAUUGUUUUAGCUUUAUUAUUGUUGAAAAUGUUUUGUCUGUAAAAGAAAAUUCUUGAAAGAUGUUAAUAAAUUGUUGGUGAAUGUUUAUGCAA